UAUUUAUUUACAACUACACACACAUAAAUAUUGUUAAAAAAAUAUACUCAAUCUACAUCAAUUAAAAAUCUACCCAAAAGUGCAGCACACAAAUUCUUUUAUCAACGGAAAAUUUGCAAAAAUGCAAAUUUAAAUUUAUAUUUGUUAUUGUUGGCAUCUUUGUGCCGCUUAUAAAAGAAAGAAAUAAUAGGAAAUUAAAGUUAUUCAAAUAGAAGUGCCUAGUGUCGUGUUUGCCUCUGUGGAAGUGCAUGCCAAAGUUGCAUUUUAUAGAAAUAAUCGCACAAUGUGCAGUGUGUGCAAGUCUUUAUACCAACAACAACACAACAACACAGCAUUUUUAUUAACAACACAACAAUAAUGGUACUUUAACAAUAGUAAAUACAUAAAUCGACAACAAUAAGCGAGUAAAUUCUAAAUGCAAACAAAAGCAGUUUAAAAAGGAAGUCGAAUAAAUUUCACACCGGAAUAAGAAGCUUGCGGAAAUUUUGUGGAAUACACAUACCUACAUAGCAGCAUAUAUAUUCAUAUAUAGUACAGCUUAGCGGCGGAAACCAAAGAAAAGCAUCCAAACGCGCAACAGCUGCAGCACUUAAUCAUACACUUAAACAACAACGUCAAAAGUAAGGCAACCAAACAACAUAGCCGCCAACUGUCGACCGUCCAACUAGUGACAGCUACUGCCAAAGUAAUCCGCUUGGCAACAGCUGUCACCACUCAACUCAGAACCGAAAAUGUUUCCCCGCCUGCCCGGUCCAAUUGGAGCGGAUAUCUUUCACGGUGCCACCACCACUGUGCGUACGGUCUUUCCCAACUCGCGUCUAGAUUCACUAUCUGGCGGUGGCGGCGGCGGCGGCGGCAGCAGCGCACAAUCUGCGCAUCAUCACACGCACCUCAACCACCAGCAGACGCUAUCCCACGAUGCCUCCGCUACACCAGCGCCCGCUUUUGGCAAUCAACUGCUAUCGCCGUAUGAUUCGUCCAGCACCAAUGAUUUUGCGGCCACUGACGGUGACAGCAGUGGUGGCAGCAUUAGUAGCAGCUUCAGUCCGCUAGUCGAUACCGGCGGCGCGGCAAGAAAUAAUUACCUGCCCGAAGACGAUGCAGAUUGGUGGUCGAAUGCCAUCGAAGAGGACACUUUCGACUCGCCGCUCGCGUUCGAUGCCAGCGAGAAUGGUUUGUGGAAUGGGCGUUUUGUACCGCCACCACCACGCCCACCCUUUCUGGAUGAUGGCGUCGCGGCGGACGGUCUUACCACCUGUGAUUUAUGUACGUGGGCAUGGCAACGCAAUGCCUAUUCGCUAGAUGGAUCGAUUGAUCACGCCGGCGAACUGGGUUGGGCGUUCACCUUAAUCAUAGUUUCAAUCAUAUCAGCUCUUAUAGGUGCUAUUGUAAUGGUCAUAGUUCUAAGGUGUAGAAGAAUAAAAUCAGCUAACGGUAACGCUGGUCGCACACAGCCCUGGUGGUGUCGCAACAAUCGAAAUGGUGCCUCACAUGGACGCUCUACACUCUCCAUCAAACAUCCCGCCGAUAGUAUACGAAGACGACCGAAUAGUAAUUCUGGUGUUUGGUCGUGGAGUCGCCGCUCGUCGGCAAGUCCCGAUCAAAUUGGACCACCAUCAUCAUCGCCCGCCGAAAAUCAUUAUACACAUAUGGAUGAUGCUUACAGUCCGGUGAAUGAGGCGCUCUAUGCAGAGCUGGAUCGGGAAUCGGUACGUUCGGGAAAUCCAUCAUAUCAAAAUACGGCCUACAGUCAGUGUGGUGAGAAAUACAACUUCCAACAACAUGAACAGGACAUACCAAUGGUGGUAUCAUCAGCACCCAGUAGCGCCUAUUAUUCCGACCUCUCCGUGACAGCCAUGCCGGGUGGCGGCAAUGAACGUGCCUAUGAAAUUGUCGGCCUAACAGUUAUGUCGCAGCCGCUGCCCAAUUGGGAUGGCAGCGGCGGCGGUGGUGGUGGUGGUGUUGGCCCAGCAGGUGUAGGUAUUGGAGGUGGUAUGAGCGUGCUGGGUGGCGGUGGAUCAAAUGAAACCUCGCAGCGGCGUAUACCACGUUUGGCGGCCAUUAACGAGACAAGCACAACAACAAUAGCGGCAACAGUGCCCUCAGAUUAUGUAUGAGAUAUGGAGGAUGAGCGUUGCUCGACAAUGGAAGAGGGUGUAUAGCGGUUUUAAAAUGCAUUUACAUACAUACAACAUACAUAUGAACACAAAUGAAAUAUUUAAUUGAUAUACUUACAUACAUAUGUACAUAAAAAUGUAUACUUUACGUAAUGAAAAGCAAUUGUUGUAAGAUACGAGGGAUUGCGGAAAAUUCCCCACAGAGUUGGGUGGGAUUUUUUGAUGGGAAUGACAAUGUAAACAAUUGAUAUUUAAAGAUGAAGAAAUAAUGAAAUUCAACGAGCUUAUAUUUGUUAGUAAAUAAUUUAUUG